AUGUCGAGCCGCUCCGACGAUUCGCUGGAUUCACUUUUUAACUACGAACCGAGCCGUGUAGACGCGGAGGCGAGAGGUGUAACAGAAUCUUCCGAGGCGUCUAUCUCGCCGAGCCCUUCCAACCGUUCACCUGAGAGUGACGAGGCGUCGAAUCAUACAAAUCCGCCAGACGCUAGCUCUCCAGAUGACGAGCCGUUGGUUUCGACGAGCCGGCCUCAGGGUCCCGCUCUAGACGAAGAUGUUAAUCGUGCCACCGUAAAACCCGAGGAGGAAGCGUUUCCCUGUGAUCUGCGAGGGAAAAGAGUGAAGAGACAAAAACCCAAUCCGCCCGGUUCUACGCUCUCCUCCCCUGACUCACUCGAGGCGUUGAGAUGUCGCUUCGGGAUAUCUGAGGCGGUAGAAUUCGUGCUUCCAGAGAAGAAUGACCGAGCCGAUAAACCUCCUGAGAAUCACUUUACGCUGUAUGAGGCGUUCUUUGAGCUCUGUUUUCUCUGGUUCCCGAUCCCCGGAGUUAUCCUUGACUACCUCUGGAAACAUGGGAUCUCAAUCGGGCAGAUCAUGCCGAGGGGUCUGCGGCACAUGAUCGGUAUUCUGGUUCGAAGUUUUGAAUGCGGGCUCGACAUCGAACUGAAUCACCUGCUGAACUUGUUGGAGAUCAGAAAAGCUCCGAAAGGAGACAGAUUUUACAUCUCCAACAAAUCCAACCGCCGGAUCAUAGGUGGUUUUCCAAGCAAGGAUCAGUUUUGGACUGAGCGCUUCUUCUAUGUCUUGGUGAACGAGGCGUCUGUCGGUGAGGAUUACGUUCAAAAAACCAAGACUGCUUGGGGACCACUGAUUCGAAACAUUCUUCCCCCGAUUCCCGACGACCUCUUUAUUGUUCGAGACUCCCUUUCGGCUCGGAAGAUUAAUUCGAUGAAAAAUUUCACACUUGAGAGAGUAGAGAAAGCGCGAGCUAUUCUUGCCGGAGUCCCUGUCAGCUGUUCGUCUUCCAGCUCCUCAAGAGAUACCAGAGAGAAAAUGGUGAUCAUUACUCUUAGAGAUAAGAAGAGACGUGAAGAGGAAGAAGCCGCGAGACGAGCCGCCGAGGCGGCUCAAACAGAGACCGAGGUUAUUCCUCAGACCGAUCCACCGAGCCGUGAAGGUGACGACACGGUCCGAGCCGCGGAAGCAAACAUUGCCGAGGCGACCAAGAAAGAAGUAGCGCCCGAGGUGGAACCGGGCGAGAUUAUUCUCGAGGCGUCCAAAGAUGACUCAGCGGUGCGGAGUAAAACUCCUUCAAACUCCGCUAUUCUGGCUCUUCCGAAGUCAUCGAGGCCCCCGACCUCGGUUGAACAGAAGCACGACCCUAGCCGGAAAUGUUCGGCUGCUGACAAGGGGAAGGGAGUUGCUAUCCAAAAUGACAAGCCAUCCAAGAAGAAGCGCAAGUCGACCCCCGGUGAUCUCGCUGCACGCAAACUGGUCGUUGGGACGCCUCGGCGGUAA